AUGGCGGGGUCCAAUCUGCGUUUAUGCGUGUCCGGGGCCAAUCGGUUCAACUGGAAAUGUCAUCAGCUUGUGCAGGUCAUCCAAAUCGCUGAGUGGAAGAGCAAACAGCUCUCAGUUGUAGUUUUAUUUCUCCCCCAAAUAGACUCGGACAGAGGGCCUUUGGGGCGAUUUCAGCAUGACCCCUCGCCGACAUGGACUCGAACCAAGCGGUGGAGGCAUUUUUUAGGCUUUCCAUUCAACCAUCUAUUCCCGAUUGCUCUGAUUCCCUCUCACUUCUCCAAUUCAGCUGGCAUUCCCACCUUUCAUAAAUUCCUCAAAUUGCUCGAUUUGUUGAAUCCACCUCCGUCGUCCAUCAUGUAUGCUCCAGAACGCGUCUUCAUGAUCCUCCCCUUGCAUUGGGCCUCCACUUAA